GGGAGGGCGGCUGGCAGCCGGCUUGUAAAUAAACUGCGAUGCUGUCUCGGGCUCGCCGGCCCGGGUGCCGCCGCCGCCGCCCCGGAGCGCCGGUGCCAGGCUCCCGCCGCCGCGCGCCCUAGCGCCUCCGCGCCGGCCUCGCGCGCCCUCGCCCGCUGCCCGCAGUCCCCGGCCCGCGCCCCUCGGGGUCCCGCGGCAGAGCCGCGCGGAAUGUGACCCCCUUGGCCCCCGCCCGGUCUCCCCUGCCCCCCGGGGAGACCGCCUUUGCCUGCUUUGGAGGGGUGGGUGGGGAGGGGCGCGCGGAUCAUGGCAUUGGAGUUCCCGGGCUUGCAGCCGCCGCCGCCGCCUCGUCCGCGCACCCAGAGCGCCCCUUCCUCCCGGAGCAGCAGCGGAGAAGGCGAAGCGGACGGCGGGGGCGAGGCAGAUGGGGCUCAAGGCGCGCAAGGCUGCGGGGGCGUCCGGCGGCGGCGGCGGGGGCGGCGGAGGCGGUGGGGCCGCUAACCCUGCCGGAGGGGACGCGGCGGCCGCCGGCGACGAGGAGCGGAAAGUGGGGCUGGCACCAGGCGACGUGGAGCAAGUCACCUUGGCGCUCGGGGCCGGUGCCGACAAAGACGGGACCCUGCUGCUGGAGGGCAGCGGCCGUGACGAGGGGCUGCGGAGGACCCCGCAGGGCAUCGGGCUCCUGGCCAAGACUCCGCUGAGCCGCCCUGUCAAGAGAAACAACGCCAAGUACCGGCGCAUCCAAACUUUGAUCUACGACGCCCUGGAGAGACCGCGGGGCUGGGCGCUGCUCUACCACGCGCUCGUGUUCCUGAUUGUCCUGGGGUGCUUGAUUUUGGCCAUCCUGACCACGUUCAGGGAGUACGAGACUGUUUCGGGGGACUGGCUUCUGCUACUGGAAACAUUUGCUAUUUUCAUCUUCGGAGCCGAGUUUGCUCUGAGGAUCUGGGCUGCCGGAUGUUGCUGCCGAUACAAAGGCUGGCGGGGACGGCUGAAGUUCGCCAGGAAGCCCCUAUGCAUGUUGGACAUCUUCGUGCUGAUUGCUUCUGUGCCCGUGGUGGCCGUGGGCAACCAGGGCAACGUCCUGGCCACCUCCCUGAGAAGCCUGCGCUUCCUGCAGAUCCUGCGCAUGCUGCGGAUGGACAGGCGGGGCGGCACCUGGAAGCUUCUGGGCUCGGCCAUCUGUGCCCACAGCAAAGAGCUCAUCACCGCCUGGUACAUUGGGUUCCUGACGCUCAUCCUUUCUUCAUUUCUGGUCUACCUGGUUGAGAAAGAUGUGCCGGAGGUGGAUGCACAAGGAGGAGAGAUGAAAGAGGAGUUUGAGACCUAUGCAGACGCCCUUUGGUGGGGCCUGAUCACACUGGCCACCAUCGGCUAUGGAGACAAGACGCCCAAAACGUGGGAAGGCCGUCUGAUUGCAGCCACCUUUUCCUUAAUUGGCGUCUCCUUUUUUGCCCUUCCAGCGGGCAUCCUGGGGUCAGGACUGGCCCUCAAGGUGCAGGAACAGCACCGGCAGAAACACUUUGAGAAGAGGAGGAAGCCAGCCGCCGAGCUCAUCCAGGCUGCCUGGAGAUAUUAUGCUACAAACCCCAACAGGAUUGACCUUGUAGCAACAUGGCGUUUCUAUGAAUCAGUCGUCUCUUUUCCCUUCUUCAGGAAAGAACAGCUGGAGGCAGCAGCCAGCCAAAAGCUGGGUCUCUUGGAUCGGGUUCGCCUUUCUAAUCCUCGUGGUAGCAAUACUAAAGGAAAGCUAUUUACCCCUCUGAAUGUAGAUGCCAUAGAAGAAAGCCCUUCUAAAGAACCAAAGCCUGUUGGCUUAAACAGUAAAGAACGCUUCCGCACCGCCUUCCGCAUGAAAGCCUACGCUUUCUGGCAGAGUUCUGAAGAUGCCGGGACUGGUGACCCCAUGGCAGAAGACAGGGGCUACGGGAAUGACUUCCUCAUCGAAGACAUGAUCCCCACCCUGAAGGCUGCCAUCCGAGCCGUCAGGAUUCUACAAUUCCGUCUCUAUAAAAAAAAAUUCAAGGAGACUUUGAGGCCUUAUGAUGUGAAGGAUGUGAUUGAGCAGUAUUCCGCAGGACACCUUGACAUGCUUUCCAGGAUAAAGUACCUUCAGACAAGAAUAGAUAUGAUUUUCACCCCAGGACCUCCAUCUACUCCGAAACAUAAGAAGUCGCAGAAAGGGGCAGCAUUCACCUACCCCUCCCAGCAAUCUCCCAGGAAUGAACCAUACGUAGCCAGAACAUCCACAUCAGAAAUCGAAGACCAAAGCAUGAUGGGGAAGUUCGUGAAAGUCGAGAGGCAGGUCAACGACAUGGGGAAGAAACUGGACUUCCUUGUGGAUAUGCACAUGCAGCACAUGGAGAGGCUGCAGGUGGGCGUCACUGAGGCCGGCCCCACCAAGGGUGCCCCCUUGCCCGCCGAGCUGGAGGAGGACAACCGGGGUUCUGGCUUGAAAACCAUCAUCUGCAGCUAUUCCGAGGCAGGCCCCCACGAGCUCCCCUACAGCUUCCACCAGCUGCCCAUUGACAAAGUUGGCCCCUAUGGGUUUUUUGCCCACGACCCAGCGAACCUGCCCCAGAGAGGACCCAGUUCUGGAAAGAUUCAAGCAACUCUUUCCUCCUCGGCAGCCACACACGCAGAACGGCCCACCGUCCUCCCUAUUUUGACACUUGCAGACUGCCAAGAGGGCCACCACUUCCAGGCUGAACUGCACGGCCUCUGCUCGGACCAGGUCUCCCCCCGGCAGAGACGCAGCGUCACGCGGGACAGCGACACGCCCCUGUCCCUGAUGUCGGUCAACCACGAGGAGCUGGAACGGUCUCCAAGUGGCUUCAGCAUCUCCCAAGACAGAGAUGAUUACAUGUUUGGCCCAAGCGGGGGCUCAAGCUGGAUGAGGGAGAAACGUUACCUUGCCGAGGGUGAGACGGACACGGACACAGACCCCUUCACACCCAGCGGCUCCAUGCCUCUGUCAUCCACUGGGGACGGGAUUUCUGAUUCGAUAUGGACCCCUUCCAACAAGCCCAUUUAAGAAGGCUCACAGGCUGACUCCUUCUGGAAUGCAGACAGACAUUGUAUAGCUCACUUGCUCUCACGCCCAACACUCACCAGUGAGAUCGCCAACGGCUGCAUCAAAUAUGCAUGUGCGUGGUGGCCCCCCCACCUGGGCAGGGGCUUGUCAUGGCCUUUUCCUCCCCACGUCACCACAAUGAAGCCGCUUCCUUUCAAGCAUGGUUUGCAUGACUUUACACUAUAUAACUGGUACCGCUAAUCUUGUCUAGGAUACACAUUUAUCUGCUGUUCUUACUUUUAAUCAUGGUUGGACCAGUACAGGACAAAGUUACUGAUGAACUGUGCUAUUUAUUUGGUUGGCUGGUUUAGAUUUGGGUUUGGUAAGCAAGGAAAGUAGUUUAUUUCUCGAACCACGGCCCCUUUGUAUAAAACAGUCCAGUGAUUACCUGUUUUCUAAAGCAAGCAAAUAAUUUUCUCAACAAAAAGGCAUUGCAUCAGUGAGGUUGCCUCCGGAGCUAACACAUUAGGAAAGGUACAAGAAUGUCAUCGGAUAUCCAAAACCAAGAAUUUUAACAUUUAUUUUAUUAAGGAAAAAGUGACGAAGCUAUCUAAAAGCUCUCAAAGGGACCUCCUUUGGCCUGCCAUUGUCUAGCAUCAUGCCUCAGUUUCCUCAUCUGUAAAAGGUGGUGGUAACCCCAAGUGCAGCAUUUCAAAUGAGUUAAGAAUUGGUGGCAAGAAAACACACACAAGUUAAAAUAGUUCCCAAUUUAUGUAGCCAAAGACAAUUACAUUUACAUAAAUGGGGUGCCCCUCUGUGCAGGAGCCAAGUUCAGUGCCUUCAAAGUGCAGUUCCAACUCACAUUGCUCCCCAUGACACUUGUACAGAUUAUUCAUCAAAUAUCAGUUAGAGUCAAGAGAGCACAGGAAUUAUCUGAUCCAAGUCCUUUAUAAAAAUGAGAAACCUUGGGCUCGGGUAGAGAGACAUGCCCAGGGUCACUCUCUUGUUCCCCAGGGAGCUGGGACUCAAAACCCCAUCAGCUGACCGGCUCCAGGCCCUGGUCUCUUCCUAACACACCACUCUGCCAUUUACACAAUGGGACCCAGAAGUCAUGCCAAGACAACUGUCUGUAUCGUGUGAAAAGCACUCAUGACACAACUUAUCCAGCAAGAUAGGGCUGUCUGCUUUUAUUGCAAAACAUGCUCACUAUAUGCAUUGCAUUUUGGAUCCAGAAAAAAAAUAAUAAUACAAAGAAGCUGUAACAUUUACUAAUAUACAAAUGGGCAAAAUUUCCAGAACCAUCCAAUGUUACUCCUCCAGAUUUUUUAAACCACAUGUAGCCAUAAGAUUAGCUGAAGUGUAGUCACACAACCUGGAAAACACUGCCCUACUGUGUAAGAACUAAUAUUAAGCACAAGCUGUCCUGUGGCCUCUUGGGAGAUGUCGUUACUCUUUGAAACACUGACAGAAAAGGUUUCUCUUAGGCUUAGCUGAAUUAGCUAAAUGACUACACUGCAGUAUUACUGUCUUACUCUUACACCCAAGCACUGGCUCCAGAUGGUUGCCACGGUGACCAUUGAGCUCAUCGACUUGGCCUAAACGCCUAUCUCUGUGCAAAUGCCACUGCAGUUCUCCCUCACAGCUCUGUCUCGUCAAGAGCCAUAGUGCUGAGGCAGCCUGAUGUGCUCAUUACCUGAUGCGGUGUGUUGGAGAGAGGAACUGCUUUCUCAGAGAUUGAUAUCUUCCACUGCACAUGUCAACAGAUAGUGUGCAAAAGGCUCAGAGCCCAGUGAUAAGGAAGGUUUGGCCCUGGACUUGAGGAACAUACAACCAAAGCCUCAAGUCUCUGGCCAAGGGCAAGCAUUGCGAGAGGUAGAAAAGAAGUUUUACAUGGAGAGUCUCAGGAGCAGAUGGGCAUUGACAUUCAAGUCUGAGGCGGGACAUGCAUAAGAAAGAUCACACACAGAGUUGAAACUCCCUCCCCUCUAGGGUGCCAUGUAGCCUUCCUACAGUCUGAAGGGCAAGGGGCGAGCAGCAUUUGGUCCCCCUCUUGACUCCCGUCGAUGCGCCUGUCAGUGCCAUGAGUGGCCAUUGAUGACCUGAGAACCUCUGUGCCCUCCCACAGGCUUGGUUCUUGAUUCUGAGCUUCCUGGAACUUCCACAGAAAUGUUUGUACUACCUACCAUCUAAUAUGUUACCAUAUUCUUUGUGCAUUUGAGUUAUUUGAAACAAAAAUUGGAGAAUGAAUCAAACUCUCCAUGUAUGCACCAAUUAUUGUUUCCUAACUUACUAAUAUUCUUACAGAACCUACUAGCCUCAGUAUCUUACAAAUAGAUUUGCCAGGACCUUGAUAGAGUUCGCAGCUGGAAGAAUGAGACUUUCUCAUCCUCAAGCUAAAAAUAGUUACCUUGGAUGCAAAGUUAGAGGACUGCCUUAGUGUCUUUCAAUAACCUACAAGUACUGGAGCUUGUAUUAUUUUCCAAACUCUAGGAGGGCAGGCUUAGCUUCCUGCUGGAUCAUAAGGCCAGGAUGGCAGAGGUUGGGUUUGUGUGGAUUACCAACAUGUCAUUACCAGUGUAGACAAAGACAAAAUACAUUGUUCAUGAAUGAAUAAAUGAUAAGAUCCUUAAGAGAUGUUCUUUCCUAUCUAAGGAAAAAAAAGUGAAAAAUGAUCUUCUGGACUAUUCUUUGAUAUCCCCCUUAAAAGAAAAUUCCAGAAAAGCAAGGCAAACCUGCUCAAGAUGCUUGCCCAUAGACAACAUCAUCAACAUGGUUAGCAUUGAUAAAGCAGAAUUCGAGGUGUAGGACUGAACAUAAUUUAUGGGGAGAAACUGUGUGCUUCCACACUGUCACACAAAGGAACAGCAUGAUGGAAUGAGCCAACAGAAUUGGUUAACAAACAUGGCCCAAGACUACACCAUUCGGAUAUACCAGUAGUUCUG